GAGUUUGUGGGACGGAGCGGAGGAAAGGGGGGGAUUUAAAGGAGCCAUGUCCCCGGCGCGGCGGCCUCGACUGCUGCUGCCGAAGAGGCCGGGGCCGGGCGGGAGACAGGAGAGGAGGGCGCAGCAAGGCUGCUCGAGGGGAGCAAACGAGCCGGCCCAGCCCUGAGCACUCAAGGGGGGCGGCGGCAGUGGCGGCAGCGAGCUCAGGAUGGUUGUCUGGCAGUAAUUGUUCCAAAACAUUGAUGUCUAGUUUGUAAAACUGACACAGCAGAAUCCACAGGGAAUGGAGAAAGCUGUUCCUACUACUUUAUCAGAAGGGAAGACAGAGCGCAAGGGUGAUGGAGAAAAACCUGUGCCAAUGACCCUAGUGUCAAACAAAGAGGAUCUUGCUGCCCUUGAAUGCCCCAAAGGUGAAGAGAGAUCAGCUGCCUUUUUACAAGAUGCAAAAACAUCUCUGGAGAAUGUGGCUAUGUUGGGGGCAUCAAAAAAUGGGGGGAUUAGUCUUGAGGAGCCUCCCCCCACUUCUUCAGAGAAACUAGAAGCAAUGAAUAGAGAAGAGAAAGUGAUUACUGAAAUGUGUAGCCAUAAGGAGGAUUCCAGCUUUUUGUCUUCAUUCACUCAUCAAGAGCCAGAGGAUGCUUUGGAUGCCUGUGAAAUGACAGAUGAGGCUCAUGGUGUUGUCUCUAUCACAGCUUGCAGAAAGGAAGACUGCAACAAGACAGAAGACAGUUUAAAUUUCUGGAAAGGUUGCUAUAAAGCAGAUUCAAGGGGAACCACAGAUCAAAGGAGCCCAACUCUCUUGUGGGAUUGCUCUGCACGGGAGACAAUGGGUAGUGUCUCCAAAGAAGAAAGCACUUUAGAAAGACUCCCUGGUCUGAAGGUUUCAAUGAGCACUAAGGAAGCAGCACAGAGAAAUCCUUCUUACCCAAAGGAGCCCACUUCUGCAAUGGAACCUAACAUAAAAACUGUGCAAAUGAAUACUGAUGAACUAGAAGAGGAGCCUGAGCACUUAGACCCUGGCAGAGCAGCAGGAGAAGCUUCUCCGCCACUUGCUGGAGCACAGACUGUUGGUGGGGAUGAAAGAUACCAUAGCAAUGAACCAAAGCAACUAGAAGCCUUCAGCAAAGAGCACUUAGACAAAAGGCAAACAUUGGAUAGGAAGGGCUUUCAGAGGUUUGACUGGCUUUCUGAGCACAAUGAAGGGCUUGGGCCUCCCUAUGGAAACAUAAAGAAGCCAGCUGAUGUAGCAACAAACCUGUCUCUUAGGGGACAGUCUGCACGAGAAGCUUCUUUGUUGGCUCUGCCAGUAUUUAGAAAAAUGCUAAAUCCUCACUUAAGUCAAGUAAAGACUGCUGAGAGUACACUGCCUCUCAGGAAGGGAGAGACAGUGGACUCUGAUCUAGGCGAAGUAAGUUCUGUUAAUACAGCUGAGUGGACCUCACAGAAAGCAGGGCUUCAGACUGUGACAGACCUUGCUGCUCACAAACAUGCUUGGGCUGUGAGUGCCAGGGACACUACAGAACGUGUUCCUCUGAGGUCUGUGGAAUCACCUUCCUGUGGCACCUAUGAAGAAACGAGUCCUUACAUGUGCAAUGUCCUGCUGGAUGAGCAUGGAAAAGAGGAUGCCGGCCAGGAAGAGGACCCAACUGUGUACACAUGCAUAGAAUGCAGCAUCUAUUUUAGAAUGAAGGAACACUUGAUGGAUCACAUGCUUCAACAUAACAGGGGACUAGGUUUCGAUCAAAGCAGAGAGAGUAGUGCAGGUCAGUGUCAGUUGACCUGUAAUGAGUGUGGAUGGGCUUUUGGAGAUAUUGGUUCUCUAGAACAGCACAGAAGACUCCACCAGGAAUCCAGAGAAAAAAUAAUUGAGGAAAUUCAGAAGCUCAAUGAAUUCCCAGAUGAAGGUCGUGAUGCCAGGCUACAGUGCCCAAAAUGUGUUUUUGGAACCAACUCCUCUAAGGUGUUUGUUCAGCAUGCAAAGAUGCAUGUCAGGGAGAGGAAAGAUCAAGGCUUGAAGAAGUUAAACUUGUUUGGCAGUCCUGGUGCUAGUGAGCCACGUGACAGCUCCAUGCACAACAUAUCUAGGCACUUCCGACCAAAUGAGCAUGUACCACAAGUGGCGCAUGCGCACAGUAGUAAUAAAAGUCUCAGCACCUGCACACUUUGCAGCUUCCCUGCCCCAAAUGAAAAUAUUUUAAAAGAACACAUGAAAUAUGCUCAUUCCCAUCCAUCCUGGAACGUGGAGACUUUUGAAGCAGAUAUGAACCAGCCUGGAACUAGUAGGGAUGCCUACAGCCCUGGCAGGACAGGCCGGCACUCAGAAAGUGAUUAUUUGAGCAAAGCAGACAAACUCUUUCCUCAGCCCCACUGUGAAACCGUGCCUCAGUAUGAUUCUCUCCCAGGCUUCACAGUAGACCACCAGAGACUUAGUAAAAGCAAUGGCACUAAUAAAAAAGAUAUCCCCAUGCCUGGAUUUCGGGCUAGGAAAAGAGCUCCCUACAGCUCUUCACAUAAGGUCUUGGGGAUGUCCCCUCUUACCUCAGCAAAAGAAUAUUCUCCAUAUGCCCUGAAACAAAUGAAGCAUAAAAGCACAGCACAGCUACUUGAAGCUGAGAGAGAGAAUGCCAAAAGCCAUCCGGGUGGGCUAGAGGAACUUCAGCACAAAUGGUUACCUUCAAGUGAUAUUAGGAGUAUGGAGGAAGAAUUCCCUGUAGCAACUGAAAUAGAAUUAGCAGAGAAUAGAUACUUCAGGCCUUUUGUUCUUCCUCAGUCUGCUUUGGACCUCAAAAGGGCUUUCAGGGGCAUCUUGAAGGCAACAGAUUAUUCAAUUGCAUCAGCAGGACAGCAACAUCAGUUACGUCAGAUGGUUCCUAUUGUUCUUGUUGAGGAGAUUAAUCUGUAUCCCAGAAAGAUGAAGCGACCCAAGCUGAAGAUUCUCAAGAAAAAGUCAUCACCUCUCUCCCGAGAAUUGGGAACGGAUGAGUCCCUUCCUUUAGGUGUAUUCCUGUUAGAUUCCUCUCUAGAAGGAUCUCUAGAGUUGGAUGAUCUUCUGGAUGGAGAUUCACCAAUGCUGAAGAACGAGGAGAGAAAAUGCCCAUACUGUCCUGACAGGUUCCACAAUGGGAUUGGCCUAGCCAAUCACGUGCGGGGCCACCUGAACAGGGUGGGUGUGAGCUACAAUGUCCGUCACUUCAUCUCUGCAGAAGAAGUGAAAGCUAUUGAGCAAAAAUUUUCCUUCCAAAAGAAGAAGAAAAAAGGUAUUGCAAACUUUGAUCCAAGUACUUUCAGUUUAAUGAGAUGUGAAUUCUGUGGGGCUGGCUUUGACACACGUGCAGGGUUGUCCAGCCAUGCCAGGGCCCACCUGAGGGAUUUUGGUAUCACCAACUGGGAGCUUACCAUCUCACCAAUUAACAUCUUGAAACAGCUACUAGCCAAUUCAUCAGAACACCCUAUGCUUCAGUCUGCACUAGGAACAGAUCCUUCAUCUCCAAAUCAAGAGAGAGAGAUGCUUGGGUUUAGGCCUGGCAAAAGCACGACUCCCAUAUCUGAAUGCAGCAUUUCACAAUCACCUUUCUCCCCAUUCCCUCUUUCUUGGGGAGAUGAGCCCAUGCAGUCCUUCAGAGAUGUUAUGGCUUCUGAGGAAGAAGAAGAGAUGAUUACUGCAGAGAUGGGGUCACCAUCCCUCCAGAAGAAAAGUUCUCUUGCUGGGUCCUUGGAUCAAAUUCCAAACAGGAUAGGAAGCUCACUGUCUCCUGAACCUUCCAGCAACAAGGCAGAUUCCCAAGAUUCCAAAACACCAAACCUCACGACAUGUGAGGUCUGUGGCACCUGCUUCGAGACCCGCAAGGGCCUGUCCAGCCAUGCCCGUUCUCACUUACGUCAGCUUGGUGUAGCUGAGUCUGAGAGCAGUGGAGCCCCCAUCGACUUACUGUAUGAACUGAUGAAACAGAAGGGCAAAGUGGACAGCGGCCCCAUCUCUCCGAGUCUUAGCAAAAAAUCUGCUUCUCCCAAAGAAGGGACUGCAGGGUCCUCACAACCAACGUUGCCGCCUCUCAACAAAUCUACGGAACGGCCACAAGAGCCACCAGUAAUAAACAAAGCAAUCAAAUCCCCUCCAGGUUUCACCCCCAAGAAUGUUACCCAGCCAGGAUCUCCCAUUCUCAAGAAAGUGACACCUGCUAUGCCUGGCUCUCCUCUGCCAAAGAACCCUGACGACAAAAGCCCCAAGCUACCGCUGAGCCCUCUGCAGAGUUCUCCUAAAGCACAGUGGCCACAGCCGGAGGAAGAAGGCCCCUUAAAUCUAACUGUAGAUAGUGACUCGGGCAGAGAAAUUGACUGCCAAUUAUGUGGUGCCUGGUUUGAAACCAGAAAAGGGCUGUCAAGUCACGCUAGAGCCCACCUGAGACACCUGGGAGUGAGCGAUCCAGAUGCUAAAGGAUCUCCUAUUGAUGUUUUAAAUGAUCUCAUCAAAAGUGAAGACUUCAAAGGCCGUCUUUCCUCUCUCCUCCCUAGUGAGAGAGAAUCUUUAGGGGCGAUUGGGAGCUCUGAUGGACCCAGCCCAAAGAUCACAUCUACAGCAACACCUGCCACAGGCAUGAAACAAGCACACUCACCAAGGCCUUUGGGCAAACAGCCAUCUGUAUUAUCACCUCACUCCCCUCCACCAUCCAAGAAGCUGAAACCACAUGGCCACAGGCUGUCAGCUGUGGCCAGUCUGCAAAGGAAACAGGGUCUUUCUUCCAGUUCGUACUGGGCAUCAGAUGCUGAGAUGGCUCCACUCAAUCUCUCCUCUGGAGCAGAACCUGUACGGGACAUCAGGUGUGAGUUCUGUGGUGAAUAUUUUGAAAACCGGAAAGGCCUUUCCAGCCAUGCCAGGUCACAUCUACGUCAGAUGGGGGUGACUGAGUGGUACGUGAAUGGCUCCCCUAUUGACACGCUCCGAGAAAUCUUGAAGCGGCGAUCUCAGCCUCGAAGCAGUACCUCCAGCUCCCCAGCACAUGGUCAGAAAUCAAUUAAUGUUCUUGGAGGUUCUCUGGAGCCACGCAGUCCAGGGGAGGCCCAUGUCUCUACAAUCUCUAAGAAGACACAACAGCCAGGGAGCCCCAUGGGGCAUUCUCCUACCUCUUCUCCUCCUCCAACUGCUAGAAAAAUAUUCUCGGGUCUUCCUUCUCCCUCGCUGCACAAGAAACUAAAACAAGACCAACUGCGCAUGGAGAUCAAGCGGGAAAUGAUGACUGGGGGACUUCACAAUGAGUCACAUCUCUCUGACAGAGUUUGGUCACCACGAGAAGAGAUGUCCCCGCUCAAUCUCUCCUCUCGUGCUGACCCUGUGCGGGAUAUUCGAUGUGAGUUUUGUGGUGAGUUUUUUGAGAAUCGGAAGGGGCUCUCCAGUCAUGCCAGAUCUCACUUGCGUCAGAUGGGAGUAACUGAAUGGUCAGUCAAUGGCUCUCCCAUUGAUACACUACGAGAAAUCAUAAAGAAGAAGAACAAACCAUGCUUGAUAAAGAAGGAACCAAACACAAUGAGCAUUGAGCUUCCAAAGCCUAUGGGGGAGGAUGGACCUGACCCUAAAUCCCCUGGGAAAAUGCUACAGCCUAUGGCCUUGUCCCCGCUGGGCGGGAGGACUGGGAAACCAAACCUUGGUCGGGAGGUCUCUCUGUCUCCCCUCAAAUCACAGGAAGGAUUCUUGGCACCACUUUCCGCUAAGCGUCCAUUAUCAGAUGAACGGCUGAGUAGCCAUAGUGAAGUGAAGCAAAAAACCUACAUCCAGACUGAAUUGCCCUUCAAAGCCAAACAUGUGCAUGAAAAGCCCACUCAUACAUCCAGUGAAGCCUGCUGUGAACUGUGUGGCCUCUACUUUGAGAACCGCAAGGCACUGGCCAGCCAUGCUCGUGCACACCUCAGACAGUUUGGAGUGACUGAAUGGUGUGUGAACGGCUCCCCAAUCGAGACUUUGAGUGAGUGGAUCAAGCAUCGCCCCCAGAAAGCUGGAGCCUAUCGCAGCUACAUCCAAGGUGGGCGGCCCUUCACCAAGAAGUUUCGCAAUGCCUCUCACGUGCGUGACAAUGAUGCUUCUGGGAAGAGGGCUCCCCUGAGCCUGCAGGCAGGCAGCCCUUCACUGGUGAGCAGAAGCCUGGGUGGGGAGAUGGUGUCCGCUGAGCCCAGCAAACCCGCAGAUGGUGGUGGCAGCGGCAGCAGUGGUGGCAGCAACAGCGGUGAACGAUCUGCAGUCACAUCACCUCUAUCGCUGGUAAAGGUGGAGGAACAUCAUCAGCAUAACAUCAACAAGUUUGAACGGAGGCAGGCCAAACCCCUUGAGGCUCUGCCACCUCGGGAAGAGGAGACCAGCGACUUGCAUCAGAAGGUUGAAGAGGUCCGCCAGCCACCCCCGAGAGUGAGACCAGUGCCCUCCUUGGUCCCUAGGCCACCGCAGACCUCUUUGGUGAAGUUUGUAGGCAACAUCUACACACUCAAGUGCAGGUUUUGUGAAGUGGAGUUCCAGGGGCCCCUCUCCAUCCAAGAGGAGUGGGUGAGACACCUCCAACGUCACAUCUUGGAAACUAACUUCUCCAAGGCAGAUGCCUUGCGAAGUGGGACUGAUGUGCCUGCAGCAGCACCUGUAGCUGAGGCCCAGUAGCAAAGCUCUUAGGAAGCACCAGCAUUCCAGGGUUUUUCCCUCACCUUUCCAAAUGAGCAAGAUUAAUGGUUAACAAACAGGGCGAAAGCAGUAUUUGACCUUCUGGUUCCACAGCUUUGCUAGAGGCCAGGUGUCUGUAGACUUACUUGGACUUUGGGGGCACUGGAGGAAGAGUUCCAGAGUUUGAGCACUAAAUAAACCAUGCUGUCUGUUGAAGAUGCUCCUUAUUUACAGCAAUGGUAUUCCAGGCUGGAGUUUUCUUGUGUGCAUUCUCUCUGCACAGAGGGAAGGGCGUGGAACAAAGUAAAAUGGGAAUUUCCUUGUCCUUCAAGUGAAUGCAAACUUCUUCAAAGUCACACUCUCUUUUACAGGGAGGAAGCAUGCACUUGCUCUGUUGCAGUUCGGGAUGUGGGAGAUGUGAUGGCGAGAGUCGUGAAUAUGAGGUUCUAGUGAAAGUUGUGAAAGUGAGGACCUGUUUGAGGCCAAGAAUACUCAAGCUGGGAGGGUGGAAGCAGAGCAACAUUGCUCUGUGGGGAAAGCUGUUGAUUCUGUAUGUGACCCUAGAGUUAAUGUAUGUUUGACUCCUUAAGUGACAGGUCUUUAGUUUCUGUAGACGUUGGAUCCUGUUGUGCAUGUUCAUGUCCCCUAACCUAUGUGUAAUGGGGUCUUGGUCCCACCUGUGUUAAAGGGGCAAUCAUUGACUCCUUGACCAUAUGCAUUUUCCCCAUUCCUUCCCUUCCUGAUGUCACUUGGUUGUGUCCCUCUCCAUUCCAUUGGGACCCUGUAGAGAAUCCAGCUCUGUCAUAUUGUGGAAAUGAGAUUUUGGCAGAGGAUUAUGGUUCUUUCCUAUGUUUAGCCUUGGGCUAAAAAUGGCUGACGAUGUCCUAUUGGUGACCUCUGCUUGAAAUCAGGGAUGACGUGUCCUUCUAGCCAACUCUGGAUAAGCAAGUCCUAUCCAAGGGUACGAAGGGCUUAGGGCAGCAUGGUCUUGUGGAUGUCUUGGUGGAGGGACACUGUGUUUCUCCUUUUUAGCAGGCACUUGGUGCAGUUCCCAAAGCAGCAACAGUAGGUCCUACCGGAAGUUUUGUUUUCCUGUUCUUGGUCACUGUUGCUCUCCUCUCUCUCUUCAUAGAACCUCAACUUUUUAAACUCUAGUUUUGUGUAGAAAUAACAAGCAUUCAUUUUUAUUUGGAACCCAGGCUGAACAGAGCCUGGAGGGAAAUUACCUUUUAACUUUUUCAAUGGGCAUAUUCUGGUUAUUAAUGUACCUAGGAAUAUGUAUAUUAGAUUAAACUUGUUCUGGAAACAAAA